GGAUAGCAUAUUUAUAAGCUCCAAGGGAGUUCAAAUAUCUCUCAAUACUUUACCGUAACUUUCUAAAGUCAAAAGCACUUUCCCAGAGAAGAAGUUCCAAGUAGCAGUCGAGGCGCUCGUUUCUUAGCAUCGUCUUCAUCAAGGUUGGUGUUUGAUCCUUGCAAAUAUGAAUGACCUUAUGACGAAGUCAUUCCUGAGUUACGUGGAACUCAAGAAGCAGGCCAUGAAAGACCUUGAUGCAGAGCCGGACAUCGAGAUGGGAAAACUUAAUCCAACUGAUGAACAGAAUCUCUCACUGUUUUUCGAAGAAGUGGCAGGAAUCAAGGCUGAUAUGGAAGAAAUCACCAAUCUUCUUCUUAACCUUCAAGACCUGAAUGAAGAGACCAAGUCCACUCACAGCGCUAAAGUUGUUCGAGGGCUAAGAGAUAGGAUAAACUCAGACAUGGUCACCAUUCUUCGGAAGGCGAAAAACAUCAAAGCAAGACUAGAGACGCUCGAUCGUUCUAACAUAGCUAAUCGCAAGGUCUCGGCAGCAUACAAAGAAGGAAGCCCGGUUGAUCGAACAAGGAUGUCGGUGACGAAUGGUUUGAGAAUUAAACUGAAGGAAAUGAUGAAUGAUUUCCAGUCAUUGAGAGAGCGGAUUGUGAAAGACCACAAGGAAGGUCUUAAAAGGAGGUACUAUGCUGUGACUGGAGAGGAACCAAGCGAGGAAGAUAUUCAGAAGAUGAUUUUGGGAGGUGGGCAGGUGAAAGUCUUUGAAGGGAAGGCAGAUUUGGCAAUGGAGAAUAAGGAACGGGACGAGGCUUUGAAGGAUAUACAGAGGAGCUUGACAGAGCUCCAUCAAGUCUUUCUGGACAUGGCAGUUUUAGUGGAAACACAAGGCGAGAAGAUCAACGACAUCGAAGAGAAUGUGGUUCGCGGUGGCGUCGACAUUAGGGGCGGAACCAAAGGGUUGUUUGAAGCUGAGCAGUUGAAGAAGAGUAGAAGGAAAUGGCUUUAUUGGAUGGUUGGUUUGGUGCUGGCUCUGUUUUUGGUAUGCCUCCUUUUCAUCAUAAUAUUUUGAACUCCUCUCCUGAGUUCAAAAAAUGACUAGAAGGCGGCGUGAUUCUGAUUGCUGGGAUGGAAGAAAAGUAAGGGAGGUUUGUUGUGUAUGGUGGGAUAUCAGAAUAUGAGAGCAUGGAGAAGUUUUGGAGGAGUUUUUGUAUUGGGUCUUGCACUCUGAUACUUAUGUCAUUUGGACGGCUAUCUGUGAUGAUAUCUCUUCAUCUUCGAUUUGGAUUUUGUGGAUGGUGGUGUUCUUCUACUGAGGAGGCUUGUUAAUUGGGUGUUUCUUUUCUCUAUUUUUCUUUUUGGUUGCCGAUGAAAAAAGCACAUUAAAUUGAGACUCCUAAAAUAUUGAGGCUUCUUUUCAA